CAAAACAAAGCAUCCAUGGGACCGUUGUCUAAUCAAUGACUUCUAAGUGCAGGAGCUGAUAGAUUGGAAACAAGUGUUGCAAGAUGCCAAGUGAGGUGCUUGAGAGCAGCAGUGGGAUGGAGGAGACCAUGCAGAAAGAGAGCAAGUCUGGAAGCCAGAGCCCUUGCCGCGGCUCCAUGAGAAGGGCUGUGGCAACCACUGUCACCUUUGAUGGGGAAGCCACUAUGGACCAGAGGAAAAAGAAGAAGAAAGAGUCCCGUCCCGAGUCAAUAAUAGUGUAUCGGUCAGAGAAUGAGAAUAAGGUGGAAGAAGAACAGGCGGAUGAAGAAGGAGGGGAGAGGAGCUCUGAGGAAGGCUCCAAGUUCCUGGGUCAGUCCAUGGCAGAUGGUGCCUGGAACAUGCCUUUAGACAGCCGAUAUGUCACCUUGACUGGAACAAUCACCAGGGGAAAGAAGAAGGGUCAGAUGGUGGACAUCCAUGUCACGCUAACGGACAAAGAGCUGCAGGAACUGGCUAAGUCAAAGGAACCUCCUAAAGAGGAUGUACCUGAGAAGAAGAAGAAAUGUGAUGUUGGGCUGGACAGAGGACCCCACAUCGUCCUCUGGACCAUCAUCUGCCUCCCCAUCAUUUUUGUAGUGUCCUUCGUGGUUUCAUUCUACUAUGGAACCAUUACAUGGUACAACAUCUUCUUGGUGUACAAUGAAGAGAGGACCUUCUGGCACAAAAUAACCUUUUGUCCCUUUUUGAUCAUCUUCUACCCAAUUAUAAUUAUGGUUGUGUCUUUUUCCUUAGGCCUGUACUCGGCUGUGGUCCAGGUAGCAUGGUCCUUUGGGUACUGGUGGCAUGCUGUCAGGGAUAUGGAGAAAGGCUUCUGUGGCUGGCUCUGCAGCAAGCUGGGUUUGGAAGAUUGUUCUCCGUACAGCAUUGUCGAGCUGCUAGAUUCUGACAAUAUCUCAGGUAGUCUCUCUGGCAAGAGCUCUGCACAGGGGGUUGAGACAUCAGCAGUCUGAGCCUUUGUCCUGGCUGACUAUUUUGGUCAUAUGCGAGUGGUUUUCAC